CUUUCUCCUGUCUAGCCUUUACGCAUCACAUUUAUUCAAUCAAUCAUGUCGUACGAUCGCGCCAUUACCGUUUUCAGUCCGGACGGACAUUUAUUACAAGUUGAAUACUCCAUGGAGGCUGUGCGUCGUGGAAGCACCGUUGUAGGCGUCCAAGGAAAAGAUUGCGUCGUUUUGGCGGUAGAAAAGCGAGCCAUUGCCAAGCUGCAAGACUCUCGCACAAUUCGAAAAAUCGUCUCCAUUGACGAUCACACUGUCCUCGCGUUUGCCGGACUUACCGCCGACGCCCGCGUCCUCAUCAAUCACGUGCGCUUGGAAGCACAAUCCUAUCGAUUAUCCAUGGAGGAUUCCCCCUCGGUAGAUUACACGGCACGGUAUCUGGCCAAAAUCCAACAAUCGUACACCCAACAGGGCGGCGUCCGGCCCUUUGGUAUCUCCACAUUGAUUACCGGCAUUGGCGCUGAUCCGCAAAAUCCGGACAAACCCUUCUUGUACCAAACCGACCCAGCUGGAACGCAUUCGCGCUGGAAGGCUCAAGUCAUUGGCGGCCGUAAUGCAAAAUCACUCCGUGAAUUUCUAGAAAAAUCCUACCAACCGGAUAUGGAUGAAACCGCGAGUGUACGACUCGCCAUCCAAGCUUUAUUGGAAGUUGUAGACAGUGGUGCAAAGACGAUGGAAUUAUGUGUCGUACGUAGUGGAGGCACCAAAAUAUUGCUGGAUGAAUCUCAAAUUGAAGCCGUAGUCAAAGAAUUGGAAUCUGAGCAACAGCAGGAGUCGGGAACUGCGCCUGUGGCUGAAUAAUGGAAUAGACGCGCAUUGCUCACAGUAAAUGUAAAUGCCAAAAUAAGGGUGCUUUC